CCGCGCUCCUCCCUUAGCAACGGCGGCGCGUUGAGAGCGGAGGGCGCUGUUGGAGGGCGAGGGCUGUGAGGCGGCAGGGAAGUGGUGCUACGCAGCUGGAUACACAUCCAACAGAACACAAGGGCAGGAGACUGUGUGAAGACUGUAAACACAUAUGGGGACAUUUCUCAUCUGGAAGGCCGUGGCUAUUUGAAACACCUUCCAGGCACUGUCUGGAGGUUCUUCUCUGGCUUCUAUGUGAAAAUGACCCAAAUUUCAAGAUAGAAGUUCCUAAGAGCAAGAAUUGUACGGUGCCUGCCACAAGGGCUUCCCUCUGGGCAAGCUUCUGAAAUACACCUCUAUUGAGGAGCUACAGUAGAUCAGCAGAGCUGUAACCUCAUCACCCUGUGCUUCUGAGAGUCCUCCAGGGGUGCUUAACGUCUGGGCUGAGCGCUUACCUUCACAAGAGACGUUUCUUCAGCCUGCAGUAGCGGUGAGCUCCGACACACGCUGGUCCUGUGAUUUUCAGUGCUGUGGGAUGAGACCUCCUGGUCAGCUCAGCCCCAAGGGGAGAGCGCAGGAGGAGCUGGACAGAGCGAUGCCACUUGCUGAGAGACUUGGCAUGGUCAGGAAUACAUUGAAGGAUGUCAAGAAGAAUUUAGUUAAGGGUUUUUCCACCAUGUUCGGAAAGAAAAAGAAAAGGCUUGAAAUUUCUGGGCCCUCUAACUUCGAACAUCGUGUCCAUACUGGCUUUGACCACCGGGAGCAGAAGUUCACAGGACUACCUCAGCAGUGGCACAGCUUGCUGGCGGACACGGCCAACAGGCCGAAGCCUAUGGUGGAUCCAUCAUGCAUCACUCCCAUUCAGCUUGCGCCUAUGAAGACUAUUGUUAGAGGAAAUAAGCCUCGGAAGGAUACUUCAAUCAAUGGCCUGCUCGAGGAGUUUGACAAUAUCUCCGUGACUCGAUCCAACUCCCUGCGGAAGGAAAGUCCUCCCGCACACCACCAAGGCAAUGCAAACCAUGUGCCAAGGCACCAGGAGGAAAAUGGUUACAUCACAUAUUCACAGUACUCCAGUGAGUCAGAUACAACAACAGACUAUGUCAUGGAUAAGUAUAGAGACAAGACUCUCUAUGGGGAAGAGCUAGACAGGUACUACAAAGGGGGCUACGCUGCCAAGCAGAACGGGCACAUGAUGAAAGUCACUUCCAAGGACAUAUAUUAUUCAGAAAUGACACCCCUGAAAUCAGACCUCUCCAGGUUCCUUCCGGAUUACCAUGCACAAGUGGAGACGAUGCCCAAACCACUUGAAUAUGGAGGUCUAAAGCUGGAGUACCAGAGGAUUCCCAGUGGAUCCUCACUGGACUACAGAGACCCCUUCCCUUACGCCCUGUCCCGAGCGUCAGUGCAGAGCGAAUGCCCCAAGGAGAGACUGGAGUACAGUGACGGCGAAUGGGGGCACAGCCCAGCCAAGGAUGACUAUGACAAGAGGCCCAAGUCAUCCUACGUGGACCCAGCGAGUCCUCAGCCAACCAUGAGGCAGAGGUCCAGGUCAGGCUCCGGUCUGCAGGAGCCAGCCAUGCCCUAUGGAGCAAGUGCAUUUAAAGCACACCAGCAGGGACACUCCUACAGCUCCUACACCUACCCUCGCUUGUCUGAAACUGCAGCAGGCAUCUCCAAGAUGGAGACAGUUUUGUUUAUGAAUGCAGAGUAUUUGCUGACUUUCAUUGUGGAUUACGACCGAGCACAGCUGGUAGUUAGCCCACCACUCUGUGGAUCAGACACCUACCCAAGGGGCCCAGUAAAGCUACCUCAAAGUCAAAGCAAAGUCAGCUAUUCCAGCAGCAGCUACCAGUACCCUCUGGUCUACCACAAAGCAUCCCACUACCACCAGCCAUCUCUCCAGCCGAGCUCUCCCUAUAUUUCCACCGCCUCCUACCCCAGCUCCCCAAGUAUCACAUCAAGUGCUUAUCCCCCGCCCAGCUGGGGCUCCUCCUCAGACCAGCAGCCCUCCAGGGUGUCCCACGAACAGUUCAGAGCCGCCCUGCAGCUGGUCGUCAGCCCCGGUGAUCCCCGGGAGUACUUGGACAGCUUCAUCAAGAUCGGGGAGGGCUCCACAGGGAUCGUCUGCAUCGCCACCGAGAAGCACACGGGAAAGCAAGUUGCUGUGAAGAAAAUGGAUCUCAGGAAACAGCAGAGGAGGGAGCUGCUGUUCAAUGAGGUUGUAAUCAUGAGAGAUUACCAUCACGAAAACGUGGUGGAGAUGUACAACAGUUACCUGGUGGGCGAUGAGCUCUGGGUGGUGAUGGAGUUCCUGGAGGGCGGUGCACUGACAGACAUCGUGACUCACACCAGGAUGAACGAGGAGCAGAUAGCGACCGUCUGUCUGUCUGUCCUGAGAGCUCUGUCCUACCUGCACAACCAGGGUGUCAUCCACCGCGACAUCAAAAGUGACUCCAUCCUCCUCACAAGCGAUGGGCGGAUCAAAUUGUCCGACUUUGGAUUCUGUGCCCAGGUGUCCAAGGAGGUGCCACGGAGGAAGUCUCUGGUUGGGACACCGUACUGGAUGGCACCAGAGGUGAUAUCACGGAUGCCCUACGGCACCGAGGUGGACAUCUGGUCUCUGGGGAUCAUGGUGAUAGAGAUGAUCGACGGUGAACCCCCCUACUUCAAUGAGCCCCCGCUGCAGGCCAUGCGCCGAAUCCGGGAUAACUUACCACCCCGCGUGAAGGACAUGCACAAGGUCUCCUCUGUCCUCCGGGGCUUCUUGGACUUGAUGCUAGUGCGGGAGCCCUCGCAGAGAGCCACAGCGCAGGAACUGUUGAGACACCCAUUCCUUAAGCUGGCCGGGGCCCCUUCGUGCAUCGUGCCCCUCAUGAGGCAGCACCGGCACCGCUGAACGCAGCUUCUCAGGAGGAGGUCGGUGCAGGGGCCAGGUAACAGCUGGGCAGGAAUCCCUGCGGUUGUGUGGGAACCAGGGGAAGGGGUGAGCGAAACUUUGCGUAAGAAAACCCACCCCAUGGAAAUAACGUGGUGUGUAAAAGCCAAAGGGGUGCUCGGUGGGGUUAUGAAGAACCCAGGGGGUGAUCCUGGCCCAGCACACAAGGGGUCACAUACUGUGGCUGCGCCACGUUGUCAUCUUGGCCAUCCAGGCAGAAGGAGCCAGGUGCAAACAAGGGGGGAAAGCAAAUGACUAGAGGAUAGCACAACCAGAGCAAAACACCAGGAUUUCCAAGUAAUGGCUGCGGCACUUCAGAAAAACACUUUUCUGACACAGAAAAAAAGCACUUUUUUAAUCUCAGUCAUAGCAACGUAAUGUAUUUUGAAAUGAAUUUGUAAUUUUCUGUACAGUACUUUUGAUAACUUGCAGUACUUUGUCAUGUAACCAUUGUGCUAGUUGAGGUAAGAUGUGUAACUUAGCAAGAACUUGAGAAGAUAAAAAUGUUUCCUACUUUUUUUUAACCCUUUUGAAUAUGGAAAAAAGCCCUUUAGGAAGUUAGAAAAUUUGGCAGAUCUUCCCUUGGGGUGCAGAGCGCUUUGUCCCGCUGCCACAGCAGCCUGAAGAUCCACGGGUGCCACCCAGCAGAACACCCAUUGCUCAGGGCAGUUGCUUUGAGCACUUGCCCUCUGGGGGCUGCUGGCAAUCCAAGCUUCUGCCACCUGCCAGAAGGCACCGGGGCCCUCAGUUCCCCCUUCCUCCUGCGAUGGGAACUAACGCAGAUGUACCUUUGCUCAAGGGUCAUCCAGCAACCUGCCGGUCCCUUCACGUCCCGCUGCUGCAAAGUCAGGUUAGUUUUGUUACUGCAGAAACACCCAUUCUUUAUGUCGCGCUGUGGAAGUUGACGGAGGCGUUCUCCAGAUUUGGAAGAGACCAUUGUGAUACGUUCUGAGAUGUUUGCCAUAUAGAGUCGUGCUGCUGUCUAGACCUUCUUGAAUGUUGAUACAACAGUUGACUACUACAGAACAUUUUUGUGUUAUUUGUUGGAUGAACUUGCAUGUUAACUGUAGGCCUAUAGCUUUGCCUUUACGAUUUUUAGAAGAGCUUCAUAAUUAAUUAUUUCAAUGAUAAAUUAAAUUUUAUUUAUUAACGAUUAGGUUUUAAUUAUAUAUAGUACAAAAGCCAUGUUUUUCCAGUUACUUUUUUCUUACUGACCUCAUUUUAAUGAUAUGAAAAGCCAGUUUUACGACAACAGGAUUAGCUUAUUUCUUAUCACAAAGUGUCAUAGUGCAUAUAUUGUUAUUUAUUGGAGCAAACUGCAACCAAACACGUAAGUCUGGCAGGAGCUGUUUCUUGAAUAUCUUCCUCCCAGUCAAAAGAUUUGCCAAUAGGACAGAAGCUUUUUCAGUACAGCCCUUAAAAGUUAAGUGACAGUUGAAGGGGGAGUAGCAAUUAAAAGAAGCAAACAAACAGAGAAGGGGAGAGAAAUAGGAACUGGAACAUCAAGUAGAUAUUCUUGUCUCACCCCCCUCUGCCUUCCCUUCUCUUCUUAACCCUGUUUGCACCUUACAAGGAAGCGCAUUUAGCUGAGCCCCCUCUCUGCCCUGCCACAAACACACUCUGCUGGUCCAGACCUGCAGGAACCCAGCUGAGAGAACAGGGGCACCUAUGGGGUUUUUCAAGUGUUUGUAUUUUGUAGUCUUGACAACUCAGGAAAAUAAAGGCUGCACCAGUGGAGGCAGUGGCACACAGGUGAAACUGUUAUAGCAGACUAAGUCAAACUUUUUUAAACCAUCUUUGAAUAAAAAAUGGGGUUGGUGGGUUUUCCUCUUUCGUAUUCAGCAUUAGACUGUUCAAGUGGAGAAUUUUCUGCUACUUUCUUAUCAUUAGAUACUUCAGACAGCGCUCGUUGAGUUCACUGAAAGUUUUGUCUGUUUCAAAGGUUGGGUUUCCUUUUGUGACCAUCAGCUACUGGUGGGACAAUGCACAUGUGAGUUCAAUAAAUUAAUACUUAAUUUUA